AUGGAACACGAGAAGCUCACUGAGCUUCUUACCAUGCAUACGUUAUCUGGAAAGCUGGUACCGAUCAAGGCUGGGAUUUGCUUGGCUGGUUACGUCUGUGCAGUGUUCACUCUGGAUUCGCUCAUGGCUUUCACGAUCACCCGGGUCAGUGCGGUUACCAUCAACCUGUCCCUUCUCACCGCUGACGUUUAUGGCCUCAUUGUGGGGAUAUUCGUGUUCCAGCUUACGUUUCAUUACCUUUACUUUGUUGCCUUUGCAUGCAUAAUUGCUGGACUGGGUCUGUAUUCCAUCCGUCCUGUACGUUUGAUUCCCUUGGAACCGGUGGGUCUAUGA